CAAGUUCAGUAGAAGAAUCAAAACAAAAGUCAAACUUCAAACUCUCUCAACUCUCUCAACUCUUUAAACUCUCUCAUUUCAUUCAAUUCUUUCAAUUCCUUAAACUCUUUUUUGUGAUAAUUAAUCAAAUUUUCUUUUUCUUUGUGAAUUUAAUUUUCUUCUAAUUUGUGAAUUGAUCAAAAUGUCUCUUGUUCCUCGACUUGUUGAAUCGAUGCUUCGAGAUCCUCUCGAUGAUUUCGUCCCUUUCAUCGCUUAUCGAGAACCAAUUGUUGAUUAUCCUCGAAGAUCAUGGAACCAAAUGAAUCGAGCUCUUCGUCAACUCAAUCAACUAUCAGACAAUUUCAAUCAACAAAUGGGACAAAUUGUCGAUUCAAAGGACAAUUUCCAAGUGAAUGUCGAUUGUGGUCACUAUAAACCAGAAGAAAUCAACGUGAAAUUGGUUGACAAUAGUUUGGUGGUUGAAGCGAAACACGAAGAAAGAUCAGAUGAAACUGGCUUCAUUUCGAGACAAUUUAAGCGACGAUAUGUUCUUCCUGAGAAUAUCGAAUUGGAGAAAUUGGAAUCGAAAUUAAGUGUCGAUGGAGUUCUAUCAAUCAAAGCUCCAAAGAAGGUGGUCAAUGCUGUUGCUGGAGAAAAAUAUUCCAAUUUCUCUUACUAAUCAAGUCUAUCAACCAAUUGAAGGAAAAGACAACAAUCAACAAAACAACAAUCAAACUCUCAAACUGAGAAAAUGGAAACCAAAUAAAUUGUCUCAAUCAAAUCUAUUUCCAAAUUGUAAUAAUGAUCUCAAACCACCGAAGCUUUAAAUUCUAGUAUUAAUUGUAUUACAUUUAUUUCUGUUAAUUGAAUGUAAUUCAAUCAUCAAAUUUAUGAGAACUUAAAUAAAAAAUUUUAAGAUCACAAUUAUAAAAA